AAAAAGAAUAAAAAAGCAAGAAAAGAGAGGGAGGAAUUCUAGAAAGAGAAUGAAUCUAGAUAGAGAAGAGGCAAAUCGCCCUCAAAUUGCAGUGAAUACGACUGCAAAUCCGCCUCUCUAUGCCACACUUCAUUAUUAUUACAAAUAGCAUUUGCUUUCCAAAAUGGGAGUCCCUCUCAAAAUUUCUUGCAACCUCUACAAACUUUCUCAAUCCCAAGUCUCCCCUGCCUUAAAAAUCACGUCUUUGAUUGACCCUAUAAAUCAAUUGGGAAAGGAAAAGGAGAUAGAAUAAAAUAGAAGAGAUAGAAUAAAAUAGAAGAGAUAGAAUAAAAUAGAAGCCUCGACGCCCCAUUGCAUUACCAGUUCUGAUCCAGUGCUUUUCGGGUGGAUUUGAGAUUAUCUGUUGAUUGGUUGGAUUGCCUUUAUCAAUGGGGGAAGCUCCAGCUUUCAUUUCUGAUGAUUUUUCAAAUGGUCUUCUCUUGAAAUCGAAGGGCUGCGAAACCAUCAUCAACAUGGGCUGCAAUAGAACAUUUGUCAUUGGUGCCAUGGGAAAUGGAUCUGAUUCCUCCAUUGGAGUUCGGAUUUUUGAGAAAUCCACGAGCGAAUGGGUGAUCCCAACUGUGUUUGGGACGAGGCCUACGCUGUCAAAGGGACACUCGGCUAUAGUCUUGGAUGGAGAUCGGAUUUUGGUCAUUAGGGGUAACUCGACCUCAGACGAUUGCUUUUGGUUUCUUGAGGUUAACACUGCGUUUGUGAGAGAGCAGAGAGCUAGGCUAGGUAGUGAAGUGGUUGCUUGGAGUAAAGGUGUGGUGGGUGAGGCUCAAAUACCCGUUGUCAUAAGUGGUCCUUCGGGGGUUGGUAAAGGCACCCUUAUUGCCAAACUGAUGGAGGACUUCCCAAUGAUGUUCGGGUUCUCAGUGAGCCACACCACCCGAGCUCCAAGAAACAACGAGCAGAAUGGCGUCCACUAUCAUUUCACUGAACGUGGUGUGAUGGAGAAAGAUAUACAGGAUGGAAAAUUCUUAGAGUUUGCUGCGGUUCACGGGAACCUCUACGGGACGAGUGUGGAGUCGGUUGAGGUGGUUACCGACCAAGGAAAGAGAUGCAUUCUCGACAUUGAUGUUCAAGGGGCUAGAUCGGUUAGGGCUAGCUCUCUCGAGGCCAUAUUUAUAUUUAUCUGCCCUCCUUCAUUCGAGGAGCUUGAGAAACGCCUUCGUGCUAGGGGGACCGAGACAGAAGAGCAGAUCCAAAAGCGUCUACGGAAUGCUAAGGCGGAGAUUGAUCAGGGAACCUCGCCCGGGCUCUUUGAUCAUACCUUGAUCAAUGAUGAUCUGGAGACGUGCUACGAGAAUCUCAAAAAAUUGUUAGGGCUCAGUGAUGGGAGUGCCAAAGCUACCAAUAUCUCAGAGACGGUCCACGUGCCUCUGGAACACACCGUCUCAAAAAUCGACCAGAAGAUCCUCAUAAACUGCAAUACGUUGCACCAAGAGAAACCGGGUAACAGCAUGUUUGUGCUGGAUUUAUCGUCAAUCAAGGGUGGCGCACCUGGCAGGACAAGGGGUCUGAACUGGGCCAUCCAUGACCAGCACUAAUGGCUUCAAAGCGGCAAGCUAACAUCAACCUCUCUAUUCUAAACAUAUUUCAUUUACGUUAGCUUACCGAGUUGUUUAAGGGCGUACGGACCGGACUAUCCGAGACUAAUUUGCAGGCGAAAAAACUCAUCGGACCGGACUAAUUUCACGUGGCAUUGUUAUUUGAUCGAUUAUUGGCCAAGUCUUCGUAGUUGAACAAAGAUUAUUUCGUAGGCUAAAAAAACUCAUGAGACAAGACUAAUUUCACGUGACAUUGUUAUUUGAUCAA